AUGACAACCGCAGCUACAACUUCUUAUACAUUAUCUUCAAUCGAUCUUAAGAUUAAUUCAUCGUCUAAUCCCGAUGAUUGUGAAAGUUCACCUGAAAACGAAGUUAUGAAAAUAAACGUUGAACCAGCUUCAAAAAGCUUCGAAAUGGAACGUAAUUUAAUGGUAAGCUUGGAUGAUCGAGAUCUUUGGUGUCGCUUUCAAAACUUAACAAACGAAAUGAUUGUGACAAAAAAUGGACGACGAAUGUUCCCAGUUGUGAAAAUAUCCGCUUCGGGACUUGAUCCCGGUGCAAUGUAUUCAGUGCUUCUAGAAUUCACGCAAAUUGAUUCACAUCGUUGGAAGUACGUCAAUGGUGAAUGGGUUCCAGGUGGUAAGGCUGAAACUCCACCAAAUAAUCCCAUCUACAUGCAUCCAGAAUCACCAAACUUUGGUGCACAUUGGAUGAAAGAACCAAUCUCAUUUGCCAAGGUGAAACUUACCAAUAAAGCAAAUGGAAGUGGUCAAAUUAUGUUGAACUCGUUACAUAAGUAUGAACCACGAGUGCAUCUUAUCUUAGUCGGACCUGAACAUCGUCAUGUCAGAACGUAUCCGUUUCCAGAGACGCAAUUUAUUGCUGUUACGGCUUAUCAAAAUGAAGAAGUAACUUCCCUAAAAAUCAAAUAUAACCCAUUUGCGAAAGCUUUUCUCGAUGCAAAAGAGCGGCCCGACUCCGCAUAUGCACGUGAAAGUCAACCUUAUUGGAUCUUCCAAAAUAAUUUUUCCACAAGUUCGUCCCCUUAUACGAGUUCUGAAAGAUAUACAGCACCUAACAGAACACCUCAUCGCAUCACUCCUUAUACAACACAAAAACCUAUUACAGUACCAAUAAAAUCUGUCACGAAAUCUUCACCUCCUGCAAUAUCUCCCCAGUUUAGUCAAAACACAACACCAAGUUUUACACUUCUUGAGCCAACAAAUUUUUCUUCUUCUUAUCAAUCUCCGUCAUCAUCAUGGCAGCCUUCAAUGUCAUCUGGGUCGUCAUAUUGGACCAAUCAAAUACCAUGCAAUAGCAAUUUGUCUUCGACAUCAACUAUUGUUCAAAAUGUGUCACCAACAAGAUCGCCGGGAUCGCCAAACUAUGUUCCCCCAUCCACAACAACUUACCACCACUUAACUACUCAAAGUCAAACUUAUACACCAUCAACAGAGAUUUUUCAAGCUAAUGGAUCACCACAAUAUACCACUCCCCAAGUGCCCAUCGUUCCUGUGCCACAAAGUCAUCAACUGUACUACCCUCCAUCUCUUUCACCAACUCAUCAAAUCUACAAUAAUGUUAUAAGUCCAAGUGGUUUUAGUAACUUUGGCUAUGGCACAGCUGGAUGGCAUGGUGGCAGUGAUUACGGAAUUUUUCAAAGUUCUUAUCAUUAUCAGCCCACUGCUGAAUAUAUUCCUUUGAACAAUGACCAAAACUCUUACAGCAACUGUGAUCAGCCAUUAUCUGAAGCAUCUGAGAAACCUCAAACUGAUUCAGAUGCUGCUGCUUUACCAACAUAUCAGAAUGUAUCAAAUGAGUGUAUACAUGAGACAUCAUCGUGCAAUCGAUCACCGUCAAAUGAUGUUAACAGUAGUAACAAAAAUAAUUCUUUUAAUAAUAAGAAAAGUAAUUGGAUUUCUUCGAUGACUGAAGCUACAACAACAUCGAAAAUUGUGUAGUUAACUUUAAAGAAUGACUCAUGUAUGAUUGCUAUGAAUAUAGGUACUGAAGUUGUUGACAGAUUUCGUCCGUGAAUUAUCCCCCUUAGAUUUAUUGUAUCAUGUUAGAUCAUAAAAAAUGAAAAGAAAAAUAGUGGAGACAGAAUGACG